AUGACGGCCCUGGCAACCCCCCAACGGUCGCCACUUUUCUCCCCAGAUCCGUUGCGCUCACCCACCACCCAAAGAUAUUUCCUCCACGACCUCCACAACCUCCACGAUAUUCACUCCAAAUCCCCCAUGCAACAUGAUUUCAACCCCCACGAUUCUCCUAGUCCCGUCGCCUCCACUGAAUCUUCUCUUCCGCCCUCUCCGAACUUCACUCCGGCCGUCCAGGAUCCCCUCUACACACCUACUCUGAGCAGUCUAUCGCUAGAUGAGGAUCUACUCCUCCCUUCCGACAAAGUGGAGACAGAAACAGAGACAGAGACAAUUCUCGAUACCUUGAGCGACGCCUCAAUAGAUCUACCAUCUCCCUCCGCACUCUUGACCACCCACCCGGCUGCCGACGAUACCUCCGUCGAGGACGAGCCAUCGCGCCAUGUCGACUACCUGGCCCAUGAAUGGAAGGAAGAGGAUAUCUGGGCCUCCUGGCGAUAUGUGACCGCUCGCCGAGGUGACUACAGUAAUGGUGUCCGGCUGGAGAACGCGUCGUGGAGGACAUGGGCCAAAGCCAAGAAUAACCUCAAAACUAUCUCUCCAGAGACCUUGAAUUGGCUCAAGGACUGUGAUGUCACUUGGCUCUAUGGUCCCCUCAAGACCUCCGCCUCGACCGACGCCAUGACAUCCGAUUGCUCUCCUCCGCCCAGCCGUCUGGAAACCCCCAACUCUUAUCUGGAACGGAAGCCCAUCUUAAAAAAGAAAACCGCAUCAGAAGCUAUCCUCCAACGCUCCCUCUCCCAACACACCCUCCUACAGCAUGCGGGUGCCAUUCUCAAAGCCCAAGAGGCAAAUGGAUGGUCUCGCCCCCCAUUCCCCCGAUCCAACACCGACCUCGACCAAAUCCACCACCGGACGGGGAGCUCGACAUAUUCCCUCGGCGGUACUCUCACCACCUCGUCCUCCGGGAUGACUUCCCCCAGUGAGCGGCGGCAUAUCCACUUCAAUGAUGAAGUGGAGCAGUGUAUCGCAGUCGACAUCAAAGAAGGCGAUGGAGACUGGCCGGCCGUGGAUGACGAGUCUUCAUCAGACGAUGGAGUGAUCAUGAUGCGACAGAUCGCUGGUCAAGCAUCCCUCAGCAAUCGAAGUACCCCACGCAACAGUUUUAGCAGCGACAGCAAAACGAUCGCCCCAUUACCCUCCACCACCUUGAAAUACCGCGGGGACACCCCGGAGCCACGCGAGUCAAUCCUUGCUCGGUGGUCAUCUCUUUCAUCACAACCCGCCUCUACCUCCACCUCCACUUCCUCUAAAUUAUCACCCACUCCCUCCGUGGAAACCCUCCGCCCACCUCAAUCCUCCGCCAACUUCCUGCUUGAUGACGAUGAUGAAGAUCCGAGUCUCGAUUUUACGGGCCAUUACCGGACUCAAGACCAGCCAUGGUUUGUCCCUGAAGAUGAGGAUGAAAUGACCGAUCGUCCACUUCGACUUACCUCCUCGGGCAUGUUUAUGCCGUAUGGUGAGGGGGAGGGAGAAGGAGAAGGAGAACCUGUCAGUAAUGGCCUCCUUGGCCGUGUGGUUGAUACGGUGAAUACUGCGCGAGAUAUUGCCCAUGUCAUUUGGAACGUGGGCUGGCGGCGGUGA